ACUGUUGCAGAGCAGCUGCAAUUGGAAAAGGAGCGUAGCCAUGUCGAAAGCAUCAUGUAUAGUAAGAAUGAUAAUGGUGGCAAUGAUGAUAACAGUCACAAGAGCACAUUAUGCAAUAAACUAUAAAGAAGCAUUAGGAAAGAGCAUUUUAUUCUUCGAAGGUCAGAGGUCUGGCAAGUUGCCACAUUCCCAACGCAUGAAAUGGCGCAAAGAUUCUGCACUUUCUGAUGGCUCGGACAUUCGUAUGAACAUGGUGGGUGGAUAUUAUGAUGCCGGCGACAAUGUAAAAUUCCAUUUUCCAAUGGCAUUCACAACGACUAUGCUAGCUUGGAGUGUGGUAGAAUUUGGAGAUCUGAUGGGUUCAGAGCUGAAGAAUGCGUUGGAUGCAAUCAGGUGGGGAACUGAUUAUUUAAUGAAAGCCACGAACAUUCCUAAUAUGGUUGUGGCACAAGUGGGCGAACCAUACGCCGACCACGACUGUUGGGAGAGACCAGAAGACAUGGACACUCCUCGAACCUCGUACUAUCUCACUAAAGAGAAGCCUGGUUCAGAACUGUCUGCUGAGAUUGCGGCUGCACUUGCCGCAUCUUCGAUCGCAUUUAGGACAACCCAUGCUUCCUAUUCCAACAUUCUUCUCAAAAGAGCUAUUCGGGUGUUUGACUUUGCAAACAAAUAUCGUGGAUCUUAUAACAACAGCGUAGGUGAAGCAGCAUGCCCCUUCUACUGUGACUAUAACAACUACAUGGAUGACUUGGCUUGGGGAGCAGCAUGGUUGUAUAAAGCCACGAAAAUGGCCAGUUAUUGGGAUUUUGUAAAAUCAAACAUUCAAACAGCGAACGUCGAUUCUUUCGAAUUUGGAUGGGAUGCCAAAGUGGCUGGGAUAAAUGUGCUUGUUUCUGAGUGGGCGAUGAAUGAUCCAGGCAGCGCACACCUUUUCAUUCCUAAUGCAGAUGCACUUAUGUGUUCUUUGGUGCCGAAUUCACCUACCAAAACAUUCUCGUACACAAAAGGUGGUCUUCUAUUCAGAAAGGGAGUAUGUAAUCUACAAAACGUAACGGCUCUGUCAUUUCUCUUGAUUGUUUAUGCGCGAUUGAUGGAUCGUAUGAAGAAAAGAAUAGUCUGUGGGAAAGAAAUGGUGGAUUCAAAAAGGCUGAUUAAUAUAGCUAAAAGUCAAGCUGAUUACAUACUGGGAAAGAAUCCAGAAAGAAUGUCAUACAUGGUGGGUUUUGGAAGAAAGUAUCCUGAGAAGAUUCAUCAUCGUGGUUCGGUGUUGCCAUCUUUGGAUGCACACCCAAAACGCCUUAGAUGUCAUGAUGGAAAUGUAUACUUCAAAUCAGACAAACCCAAUCCAAACAUCCUAAUCGGAGCCCUUGUCGGAGGACCAGCAUAUAACGAUUCCUUUCAGGAUUCCCGUUACAAUCCAGGCCAAACAGAACCAACCACCUAUCUCAACGCUCCUUUUGUUGGUGUUUUGGCUUACUUGAGCAAACCUACUAUCGUUUAGCUCUUACAAAACAUUACAGCAACACUGUACUUUGCAUCUGCAAUUCUUCAAUAAAUAAUUUCAAUUUCAAAUAUAGUUCAUUUUA